AUGCCUCCGCCGCGAACGAAUAUGGCCCCGCCCAACAUGCCAGGUCCCAGAGAUCGUGCUGGUGAGCUCGGUACGACAGAGAACGGCGUCACCAGUUCUGGUCCUAAUCCACUUUCUUCCAAGCCUGGCCCUGAAGAAAAAGACAAACCGGCUCCUCAGCCAAUUGAGGGCACCGACGCGACUAGGAAAUAUAGACUUGAGGUGGUUCAACAACCCCUAAGAGCGAGAAUGUGCGGUUUUGGUGACAAGGACCGACGGCCUAUUACUCCCCCGCCCUGCAUCAGACUAGUAGUGAUGGAUAAGACUACGGGAAAAGAAGUAGAUUGCAACGAGGUUGAACAUCAACAUUAUGUAUUACACGUGGAUCUCUGGUCUGAAAAUGGAGACAAGGAGGUCAACCUUGUCAAGCAUUCUCAGCAGUCGCCGUCGAUUUCAUCCACGCAAGCUUCGUCUUUCCGAGAAGUGAUCGAGGGAAGCCAAGCGGGAGGUUAUGGAUACCAGUCCAUUGUGCCAUCAAACCGCGAAUACGCACAGCAACCUAGCCCUGCUUACCCUCACGCAAUGCCUCCUUAUCAGCCAGACCCGUACGGCCAAGGAUACGGUUAUCCCCCACAAGCCCAACCGUAUGGCUAUCCUGGUGGUGGUUACCGAAAUGACAUGGUACCGGGCGUGCCUCAAUUACCUUCGCAGCCCAUGUUCGGACCCCGGUUCUCCCAGGAUAUGUCGGGACAUCAGAUGACACACAACCGUCUUAUGGGGCCUCAAUCACCAAACGGCAUGUAUACGAGAAAUCUCAUCGGUAGCCUCGCUGCAAGCGCUUCGCGUCUCACCGAUCCUACAGAUAAGAUUGGAAUUUGGUUUAUUUUACAGGAUUUAAGUGUCCGGACAGAAGGGUGGUUUAGAUUACGAUUUUCUUUCAUCAACCUACGACGGCCAGACGCGAUAACUAAUGGCGGCAGCGAUGCCGAACUCCUAAACAGAGGCAGGGCUCCAGUCCUUGCGCAGGUCUUCAGCGAGAAGUUCCAAGUAUAUUCAGCAAAGAAAUUUCCAGGUGUCUGCGAAAGCACUGCUCUCAGCAAAUGUUUCGCUGUACAGGGUGUUAAGAUCCCGAUCAGAAAGGACGGGCAGGACGGAAAGGGGAGCAAAGGCCGAGGAUCAGAUGACGAAGAUGAGAAUUAA